GACGUUGACCUGCCCCCCGGCUCCCCCCGCAGUCCCCAUUCCCAGGCGAUGACGAGGAGGAGGUGUUUGACAGCAUCGUGAAUGACGAGGUGCGGUACCCCCGCUUCCUGUCCACCGAGGCCAUCGGCGUCAUGCGCCGGCUCCUGCGCAGGAAUCCGGAGCGUCGCCUGGGCUCCAGCGAGCGGGACGCCGAGGACGUCAAGAAGCAGCCGUUCUUCAGGGUCAUUGACUGGGAGGCCCUGCUGGCCCGGCGGCUCCCUCCCCCCUUCGUCCCCAUCAUCAAGGGGCGUGAGGACAUCAGCAACUUCGACGAGGAGUUCACGGCCGAGGCGCCCGCGCUGACGCCGCCCCGCGAGCCGCGCCCGCUCACCGCUGCCGAGCAGGAGGCGUUCCGUCAUUUCGACUACCUCGUGGACACCUGCUAGCCCAGGGGAGAGCUGGGCCGCGGGAACGGACGGAGGGUUUCCCACCAGUGCCCCCUGGACUCUGAAGGACUCACUGGGCGGGGAACCUGCCCGGAUCCGUGCUCGGGGGGCAGUUUGGCUCCAAGGCUACAGAAGCAAGACAGGGGAGGUGGAUCUCUUGGAGUCCCUGCCAGGGACUGCUGCCCCCCAACCCAAGCAGCCCCGUCUGAGCCCCCGGCAGCCCCCUCUGCCCGUGACUUUCUCUUGGACCACUGUAGUUUUGCCAACAAGCGGAGAGGGGGAACUCAGCGCUGGCCCUACCCUGGUUCCUACCCCCAGUCUGAGUCUGGCCCUGGCGCUGCCGUGGGUGAAAGGCCAAGCCCCACUCCCUGCUCCCAGAG